AUGCACGUGGCCCUGGCCAGACCGGUCCCCGAUGUCAAUGGCUUGACCGGACUGGCCAUCAGCUUGGCGUCGGGAAGCGCCCGGCACUACGCCGUCUACUUCUGGGACAUAGGGAUGUCGCUUGCCAUACUUCCCGAGAACCUUCAAGAGACUGUACCGCCUGUGCCAGAGGAAGGUGGCUUUGAUUUGGUCUUCCCAGCUGCAGAGCCAGAAUCCAUGCUGGACUUCGGCCUCGCAUUAGGCGAGAUCGUGGAAGCCAGGGGAUGGGCCGUAGUGCAGCUCUCCCAUGCCGACGCUUUGUGCGAAGCAGCAUGUCGGGAAGCGAGGUCUCUGCGUCGUUUCGCAGGUUUGCGCCAGGAGCUGAUCCCUGACUACCUCGGGCAUGGAGUACGAGGAAAGGUGCAGUUUCUAUCCGGACAGCGUGGCCGGGAGGAAGUGAACCUUCAUCGCUUUGAAUCUGACUUCAACGUGGUGGCGCAGGCUGUGGCAGCCAACUCGUGGCACAACAUGGGCUUUCGUAGUGUUGGGGAGAGAUCCCCAACUUUGUUGUGGGUGCCGUAUGCAACACGCCGUGAAGAGUUCUCGAUGGAAGGAGACCCUCUUAAUGAUGACGACAUUGAGGAGGGGCACCUGGAGGAACACUUGCAAUUUCUGCGACGUCGCCGUCUUUGCUGCAUGCUGUGGCUUGAGUCAGAUAGCGGCGAGAUCAGACUGACUCCUGGACCACGGAGGCCUGAGCGAGCGGUGUCCCUGCCCAUCGGAAGACGCAAGCUCUUAGUUUAUCGGGGUGACCGCAUGACGUUUUCCUACAAGCCUUCCGGAAGGUUUGUCGUUUUACAAAGCUGGGUUCUGGAGCCCCCUGCCAAGUUUCAGGUCGGCAAGCUGGAAGGACAUCCAAUGAUGAAGGCAGAGGCUAUGGGAAUCAUGAGCGGGCGGCCACAUCCAGAGGGAGACCGUGUGCACAUUAUGAGUGUCAUGAGCCGCCUUCCCGGAGGAGGUAGUGGACCAGACCAGUACUGGUCCAUGUUGCUGGACGGGACGGAUGGGAUGCUGUCCAUUCCCUCGGGAAGGUGGGACACCGAAAUAUACUGCACAAAGGAGGGAGAACACGAUGCGCCUGGCAAGUGUUACACCAUCCAUGGAGCCUUCGUUGCGAACGAAGAAAUUUUCUCCUUUGACAAUACCUUUUUCGACAUUCCGCAAGAGGAAGCUACGUUCAUGUCCCCAAGUCAGCGCGUCGUCAUGGAAGAUGGGUACACGGUUCUUUUCCGCGGUGGCUACAACAAGGAAAGCCUUCGAGGAAGAAGCAUCGGCGUGUUUUUAGGCGAUACUGGUUCCGACUGGUCGCCAUUCAAUCCGGCCGAACAUGUCGUCUAUCGAGGGCAGGAGAGACGGACUGUGACUGGUGCACACGCCACUGCUUACACUGGACACAACACCUCAGUGGUGCCAUGCAGAUUGUCUCAUGCAUUGGAUCUGGUCGGUCCUUCCAAUACCGCUGACACAGCUUGUUCUUCGUCACUUGUUGCAACCGGGGUUGCAAUGCAGUGGCUGCGACCGCGAAACGUGGGGCAGCUGGAGCAUUUGAACGUUGGCAGGCUGCAAGAGGCAGUCGCUGGAGGCAUUUGCUGCCAAAUAGGUCCGGCCACCUAUAUUGCCAUGUGCGGACUGCAUAUGCUGUCAACAAUGGGCAGAUGUUUCACUUUCAAUGAGAGUGGGGACGGCUAUGCCCGAGGUGAGGGCUGCGGUCUCCUCUACUUGAAAGCCAGCGCGACAGAGGUGGACAUGUACGAUCAGCUCGCAUGCCUUCUUGGCUGCUGUGUCAAUCAGGAUGGUCGCAGUGCAAGCAUGACCGCGCCCAACGGCCCGUCGCAGCAAGCAUGCAUUGCGGGAUCCAUGCGCGAGGCAGGCAACAGGGCGAGUGACAUCAAUCUGGCCGAGUGCCAUGGCACAGGCACGGCUCUUGGUGAUCCUAUCGAGGUUGGGGCUCUGAAGAACGUCAUGCACCCCCGCGAAACUACCCUGGCAUUGACCAGUUCGAAGUCCAACAUCGGGCACCUCGAGGGCAGUGCUGGCAUAGCUGGCUUUCUGAAAUGUGUUCUCAUGCUGAUGGCCGGAACAUGUCCGCCAAAUGCACAUCUUUAUCAGUUGAACCCUCACCUGGACGUUAAAGGCUUCCCAUGCCUCUUUGACACAGAGGCAAUCGACCCCGGACUCAACAGCGCUUUAACAGGCGUUUCGUCCUUCGGUUUCGGUGGAACCAACGGCCGUUGUGACAUCUGGGGGGCAGCGAGGUUUGGGCCCAACAAGUGUGGGAAGGUCAUGGAAGCGGAAGUAGACCAAAUCUACACCCUGUGUCCAGUCACGUUGGGCAAGAUUGACCACUUGACGGGCGAGCCUCUGUCACGGCGUCUCGCAGCAAUGCGCAGGGGCAAGAGGAGAGCUGACGUUCUUCGAGAUGAGCUCGCAAGAUACGAUGUGUCACGGCUUGCAUAUGAUGGCGGGUUCCGUUAUCGACAGAACCCGGUCCCGUCACAUGGCGAAGACGACCUCUUGCAGGACAGGAACAUCUUCAUCUGCGGGUCGUGGACUGGGUUCAAGAUGGAGGAAAUGGACAAAGAUGGGGACAACCUGUUCACCACAGUCAUCACCCUUAGCGAAGAGAGGUAUGACUUGUUCGAGUUGUAUGUGGAUGAGAAGGAAGAGCUCUGCAUUUUUCCGGCAGUUGAUCGUGCUGGGCAGCACAUUGCCACUGAAGGGCCUGGGGUCAACAAGGAGCACAACAGAUGGAUCAUUGACGGCCGCGACACAGAGCUUGCUGCAGGAACUGUAUUGCAGAUAACAUUCAACUUCAAUCCAGAGCAGAUGGCCGUGACAUGGAGGGAAGUCGGCGAGAAGCGGCGAGUUUUGGCUGCACCCCGGAAGAGCAGCUACUUCGUCACCGGAACUUGCACAAAGUGGCGGACGGUGGCGCUAAAGUGUGCAGACGAAGCGAACCUACAGGAGUGGUCUGGGGUGCUCAGGAUCGGACAAAGAGGCCGUGAAGACUUUCAGAUAUGGCGGGAUGGCGACCGGCUACAGGCCGUCUACCCGUCAGCACCGCAAGCCACCGGAACUGGUGAAGAGGCGUGCGGGCCUGAUGAAUUUGGAAGCGGUCGUUACUUCCAGGUAAGGGGCCGUCCUGGCGAAGAGGUUGAGCUGGCACUCUAUAUCGAAGACGGCAAGGUCACGGUUCGAACGUUCACCGUCGAAUCCAGACGUUCCAGGCAGUGGGAAUCUGUCCGUGGAUGGGCGCGGCAUUCCUAUAGCGUCGUCCAGCCAGGAGGAGGACCGGGCAUUCCAAUGACGAUGGAUCCGCAGCAGCCUGGCGUCUUCACGUCGUUAGUGGUUGUUGGCCAGGUCUUUGACAAGCAGGCAGGCGCCUUCUGCUUUCAUUUUCAGGUUGCAGUUGACGGUGACAGUCGCUGGGUCUUUUUUCCAAAAGGUCCUGGUGGGUUGUCCGGCGAGGUAAUCGUUAACCCCCCACCUUGCCAUGGAAACGGCUCUGACGUUGCAUUCACCAUUUUUAGCCCGGCACCGAACAGGACUUUGCAGACACUUUCCCUAGUUAAGACUUGUCCCGGGCUCGCGCAUCCUCCAGGGCUGAAGAGGUUCUGCCCGGAGUGUCAAGGUCGAAGAACCGAGGCCGUAAGCAUUUGA